AUGGCCAUCAUCCAAUCUCUUCCGGGCCUCCGGCAUCUGAGAUUACACACCGAUUAUGGCUUGGCAUUGGAGGACUAUGACCUUCUGAAGAAUUGGUUUACUAGUCCCUACUGUACUAGCUACGUCGAAAGCCGAGAGAAGAUUGCGAACCUGACAUUGACCAGCGUCGAGGUUGUUGUCAAGAACCCGGCUUGCACAGAGCGCAAAAAUCGCUAUGAAAAUCAGUGGUUGAAAGGAGAGAGAAGAGAAUGGAAGAUGAAGGAGAUGUAUCGAAAGGAGUGGAAGUUGAACGGAGAUCAAGAACUCAGUGGCUGCCAGUGUCCCCCACCCCCAAUCGACCUAGUCCAAGCACUUCAGACUAAGUUAAUUGAGUCGACAGCCAUUAUGAGGUUGCCUAUAGGCAUGAGUAAGCCGGUGAAACAUCAGCUGGCAACAUUCUCCUCUCCGGUCACACUUGAUGACAUGGUAGGUAGCAUAAGCGGCGAAAGCUGCGCUAUCGUAACGGUUGUGUCUCAGUUCCGGCUGUCAACCUUCGACAUGUCUCUCUUGUCGUCCGUGGGCAAGCUCGACUAUAUACCAAACAGAGCGAUGGCGAAUCUCGCCGAGAUAGAUCCUCCCAUGACACCCACGUUCAAUCCUCCUCCAGGACAGCAGCCCAACUUUACAGACUCUCCUUCGUCACAGCAUCGGCUGGUGGCAACAGGCGUACUGUGCCUGGCUUUUGCAAUCGUUUUCAUAUGCGCGCGAACUUUUGUGAAGACGUACAUCAUCAAGAAGACACAAAUAGAAGAUUACGCGCUCAUAUUCGCCGGGCUCGCUUUCGCUGCAUUCGUAGGAGUGGCCGUGACUGCGGGGAAUGCUGGACGGGGACGACAUCUAGGGGAUGCAUCCAACGCAGAAGCAAUGCGCGUCGUAAUGCUCAGCAACAUAGUCGAGAUCCUCUACGGCCCCGCAGUGUUCCCAGCCAAACUCUGCGUCCUGAUGCAGAUGCUGCGAAUCUUCCGCGGCACAAAGAAAGAUGCCGUUUACUGGGCCAUCCUCAUCCUGGUCUGGUCGAAUUUCGUCUUCUACGUCACAGUCACCUUCUGUUUCAUAUUCGCCUGCGUACCGAGAGCCCAGCUCUCGAAUCCGAUGUUGUUGGGGACAUGCGUGACAACAAUGGAUCCAUACAUAUUGGCGACGUCUGCAAUUAACAUUGCAAGCGAUUUCUCGAUACUUUUCCUGCCAGUCUUUGCGGUCUGGAAGCUGCAGAUAGCGUUGAAGAGGAAAAUGACCAUUUCCGCCGUAUUUGGUACCGGGCUUUUUGCCUGCAUCUCGAGCAUCAUCCGCUUGGUCUACAGCGUCCACCUCACUCUGGCAACAGACAGGACCCGGGCCACGGAGCCAGUCUUCAUGUGGGCGUUUGCGGAAUUCACAACCGUGAUCCUCGCAGGUGCCAUCCCUACAAUCCCGCGCUUGAUUCAAUGGCUGCGCGGGCAUAAAGACUCGCCCCCUUACGUACAAGCGUACCAAAAGCCUUCGAAACCUUCUUAUGUCACGAUCAGCAAUGGGUUGGCUGAUGUGGAGGCUGAAUAUCCAGGGAGGGGAAUGAAUAUUGUGAAGGCGACGCGGAAGAGCUAUAUACCGCCGGAGAAAGACGUGGAGCGGAUGAGCUGGGGAUACGAAGCUGAGGCUGAGCUGGACAUCUUUGGGAAGGGCCCGUCUGCGCAGCAGAAGAGUGGGUGGGAGGCGAGAGAGGAGAUGGACGAUGGGUUGUUGAGGCCUGUGAAGAUGCAGACCUGCUAUAUCCCUUGA